CCAAUCAAUUAAUAUGCUUUAUUCAUUAAGCAUUUGAUAGCGAUAACAAACACACACAAAAAAAUACGAAGAAACUCGUAGACUCGGGAGUGAGUGAGUGAGUCAAGGCGUAAGCAGAGAUAAGUCGAAAGUGUGUAUAAAACAUUUGGAGUUUCGCGUAUCACGAACAGUGCAUUCCGAAUAUCAAACAACUGCGCCAAUUAUCAAACAAUAAUUUAGUUCUUUACAACAACAAAAAAAAAACUAAGAUGAAGCUAGUUUUAGGUGUUAUAUUCGUAGCAAUUUUUGGUUACGAAUUAACCCAAUAUUAUUGUAGCAACUCGAGAGGUGAGCCGCUGAGCAAUUACACUUUCCCGGAUGACUUCAAGUUUGGCGUCGCGACGGCGUCGUACCAGGUGGAAGGCGCUUGGAAUUUGAACGGUAAAGGUGAGAACGUUUGGGAUCGCUACACGCACACGCAUCCCGAGAAGAUAGUGGACGGAAGCACCGGCGACAUAGCCUGCGACUCUUACCACAAAUACAAGGAAGAUGUUGCUUUGUGCAAGGAGUUGGGAGUGGAUUUCUACAGGUUUUCGAUAUCCUGGAGCAGACUUUUACCGACCGGCUUCAUUAGCAAGGUCAACCGGGACGGAUCGGACUACUACAGCAAACUGAUCGAUGAGCUCCUGUCGAAAGGGAUCGAGCCGAUGGUGACGAUGUUCCAUUGGGAUUUGCCGCAGCCCUUGCAGGAUUUAGGCGGCUGGGCUAAUCCCAAGUUGCAGGACUACUUCUACGAUUACGCGAGGCUGCUGCUGCAGCUGUACGGGGAUCGCGUGAAAUAUUGGAUAACUUUUAACGAGCCGAAAAACGUGUGCCGCUUCGCGUACGGUGGACCACUUCUGGCUCCAGCUGUAGACUCUAAAGCUGUAGGGAUCUACGAGUGCGCUCACACCAUUCUGAAGAGCCACGGUCAAGUCUACAAGAUGUACGAUGAAGAGUUCAGGCGUAGUCCAGAAGGCAAAAUGGGUAUAUCUUUGGAUAUGAUGUUUUGGAUGGUCCCAGCCACAGACAGCGAAUUGGAUAAGGAAGCCGCAGAAAGAAGUCUACAAUUCAACUUCGGUUGGUUCGCUAAUCCGAUUUUCGGAAGCGGCGAUUACCCGGAGGUGAUGAAGAAAUUCGUAGGUAGGAGAAGCUCUUUCGAAGGUUUCAAACAAUCGCGUCUACCGACCUUCAGCAAGGAGGAAUUGGAUGAGAUCAAGGGAAGCGCCGAUUUCUUAGGAUUGAACAUGUAUUCGGCUAUAGAAGCUUCGCACGUGGAAUUCGAAAAUUCCACAGACGAAAUCUCGAUGGACGUGGAUAUUCAAGCGAGCUACAAGUUCCAGCCGGAGUGGGAAACCGCAGCUUCGUGGUGGCUCAAGGUCGUUCCGUGGGCCUUCAAAGAUACUCUAACAUGGGUGAAGAGAACCUACGAAAACCCAACGAUCAUCAUCACGGAGAACGGUAUUUCCGAUAAAGGUGGAAACGAGGAUUACAACAGAGUGAAAUUCUACGAGUUGUAUUUGAACGCGAUGCUCGAGGCGAUGAACGAGGAAGACGUGAACGUUAUUGGAUACACGGCUUGGAGUCUCAUCGAUAACUUCGAGUGGUCCGACGGAUAUACGAAUCGAUUCGGUUUGUACAGCGUCGACUUCGAGAGUCCUGAGAGGACGAGAAGUCCGAAGCUCUCGGCGAAGAGCUACAAGGAGAUCAUAGCGCGAAGAAGGCUCCCCGAGGAGACCGUUCAGAUUCCGAUCACGCAACGCUUGAGCGCACGCUUAUCCUUGGACGAAGUCGUCCCCUCUUCAUCCACCGCCCUGACCCAUUCGAUUCAACUAACCCUAAUCCUAAUCCUGACCGCGCUGCUUCAUUCCAUCCAUUGACUACCCAAGACUUAAUCCUAUCAUGAUUUUUGUACUUUGUAGUAUUGAACAAUAUUUAUCGUAAUUUUAACCAAAAUAAAAAUUAAUUAAUAUUCUA